AUGUUACGAACUCUACAUAAUUAUGAAUGUCUGAGAAGAGUCACAACUCUAAUACCGGGAAUCAAUUGCCAGAACCCAGUGCUCGGAAACUUAGAUAUUAUUACCUGUGGUAUCAAUAAAGAUGCCGGAGUUGAUGCUUAUCAGGCCUUUUUUCAAGCACUUUGCGGUUUAUGUAAAAUAUUUGAAAAACAAAGAAUAUUUCGCUUUUGGAUGGCUUUUGAACCAAUUGUUGUAUUUUAUAAGCCGGAGACCGUUGAGACAAUAUUAUCAAGUAAUACAGUUUUAACAAAAGCUCGUCAAUAUGAUUUAUUAUCACCAUGGCUUGGAUAUGGAUUAUUAACAAGUGGCGGAAAUAAGUGGCGAUUGCGUCGGAAACUACUGACGCCAUCAUUUCAUUUCCGCAUUUUGGAGGACUUUCUGCCGAUAAUGAGUGAACAUCUCAUCGUAUUUGUUGAUCUGAUGCGGAAACAGACUCUCGUCAACAAUGGUAUUGUCGACGACAUCACUCCAUACAUCACCAGAUGUGCACUCGAUAUCAUUUGCGAGACUGCAAUGGGAAUCAAAAUGGAUUCACAAAUUCAUUUGGACAGCCCUUAUGUAAAAGCCAUUCAUCAAACCGGAGAGCUAUUCCUCUUAAGAAUGUUAAGGCCAUGGCUUUGGAAUGACUUCAUAUACAGACAGACACCAAACGGCAAGAAAUUCUUCAAUAAUAUGGAUAUUCUUCACGGAUUUACUGAUAAUGUUAUUAAAGAAAGAAAGAGAGAACUUCUCGACGAAAUUAACAGAAAUGACAAAUGUUUCAUAACUAAUAACGAGACAAAUAGUGAUCACAGACGUCGUCAAGCAUUCCUCGACAGUCUUCUCAGCGAACACUUUAGAAAUCCCGAGUUUACCGAAGAGGAUAUUCGUGAAGAAGUGGACACUUUUAUGUUUGAAGGACACGAUACAACAUCAAUGGCCAUUAGUUGGACAUUGCAUCUGAUUGGUCGCGACCAGAGUGUACAGGACAAGUGUCAUCAGGAAUUGGAUACAAUAUUUGAUGGUACGGACGGCGAUCGGCGGCCAUUAACUAUGAAUGACUUGCGGGAAAUGAAAUAUCUGGAGGCGUGUAUUAAGGAGGCGUUGCGUCUAUUUCCGUCCGUACCGUUUAUUGGUCGUCAACUUAACGAAGACAUCAAUAUCAACGGUCAUUCAGUGCCAAAAGGUGUCACUUGUCUCCUAUUCCUAUAUCAGUUGCACAGAGACCCGGAGUGUUUCCCGCAGCCUGAGGUCUACCGGCCCGACAGAUUUUUGGACAGAGAAAAUAUGACCAGACAUCCAUUUGCUUAUGUACCAUUUUCGGCCGGUCCCAGAAACUGUAUUGGCCAGAAGUUUGCUCUGUUAGAGGAAAAGGCAUUGUUGGCAACCAUAUUGAGAAACUUUAGGAUCAGAUCACUGGACACGAGAGAUGUUAUCAAAGUAGCGCCAGAAAUGGUUAUCCGUCCGAAAACACCGAUUCGUAUGGAAUUUGUUUCGCGGAAAUUAUAA